CUCCCAAGUCACUCCCGAAUCCUUACCCGAACCCUAGUCAGCAUGGCCAGCAAGGAAGCAAAAUACAUCAACGGCUACCAUCCGUCAGUCCUGCGCUCGCACAACUGGCGCACUGUCGAGAACUCCGCCGCGUACCUUAUCCCGUACCUCCGUCCAGACAUGCAUAUCCUUGACGUCGGCUGCGGUCCCGGUACUAUCACCGCCGACUUCGCCCGCCUCGCUCCGCAGGGUCAAGUCGUUGGCCUGGAGCACUCGGCCGAGGUGCUCGACAAGGCUCGUGAGAAUGCUGCUGAGCGUGGCCUCACCAACAUCAAGUUUUCCGUCGGCGACAUCCACAAGCUUGACUUUCCGGACAAUGCGUUCGACCUCGUGCACGCACAUCAGGUCCUCCAGCAUGUUGGGGACCCCGUCAAGGCGCUCAGCGAGAUGCGUCGUGUGACCAAACCCGGCGGGUUCGUCGCCGUGCGCGAGGGCGACUUCGCAAACCAGGUGUAUUAUCCUGAGGACUCAUGUUUGGAGGAGUUGCUGAAUCUGCACGCCACUAUUGCGCGCUCGCUAGGCGGCGAGCCGAAUGCAGGACGCCGCAUCGUCUCGUGGGCCAUGAAGGCUGGCUUCCCCCGCGAGAACAUCAAGGCGACGGCAAGUGCGUGGUGCUACAGCUCGCCCAAAGAACGCGCCUGGUGGGGCGACAUGUGGGCUGAACGGACAGUCAAGUCGGGACUAGCUACAAGCGCGCUCGAGAUGGGCUUAGCUACUCAAGAGAGGCUCGAACAGAUCGCGGACGCCCUCCGCAAGUGGGCCGCCAACGAAGAUGGCUGGUAUGCGCUGAUGCACGGCGAGAUCUUGUGCACCGUUUGAACCGUUAGACAUAAACCGCAGGUGAUCAUAACUUCUAGUGUGCGGUAGUUGCUGACUUUUGGGCCACUAGUUGUCACAGCCGUCAAAGCAUUUAUAAGAAUCUCAAGAGUGGAGUUUGGUUCCGUACAGUAGGUUAUGAUUCGAAUGCGUGCAUUGUGGAUCCGAUCUGCGUCGUCGUUACAUCGGGCAUUGCGCCUGCUGUCAGGGGGGCCAUGGGCGGACAUUCAUGCUGUGAUCGCCGUUUAUGCAGUUCAACACUGCGGAUUGUGUGGGCGCAACCCUGCACGAUCUUGGCCCCCUUUGACUCCUUAGGUCCUUGGUGGCUAUAUUCCGCUAUGUGUAUUAUCUGAAACCAAUGUCAGACUUGUGGAUUGGACGUCC